GGUCACAGCACAGCUGAUUCUGCAUGUUUCUCACUCAACAUUCCCAGAAACCACUGCGCUUCCUUUUCCACUAGCGCCUGCGAUCAUGGCGGAUGUGGUGCAGGAGCAGGUAGAGGAGCUGAAGCUCGAUGAAGAGACGGUACUGAACGGAGAGGCCGAAGAUAAGGACGGGGCAGACCCUUCCGAGGAGAGCGCCAAGAAAAAGAAGAAGAAAAAGAAGAAGAACAAGUCGACAGCCUCUGCAGCCGGCACUGAGGCUGAGGGCGAUGGAGUGGCCGAUGUGAGGAAAGAGCUGGAAAAACAGGCUCUGGAGGACAAAGAGAAAGAGGAGGAUGGGGAGGACGAUGGAGAUGACGGGGAGAAUUCCGCAGGCAAAAAGAAGAAAAAGAAGAAGAAAAAGAGAGGACCUAAAGCUCAGACUGACCCUCCAUCUGUGCCAAUCUGUGAAUUGUAUCCAAGUGGAGUUUUCCCCAUUGGUCAGGAAUGUGAAUACCCUCCAUUACAGGACGGGCGUACCGCCGCAUGGCGGACGACCAAUGAGGAGAAGCGGGCACUGGACAAGGCCAAUGAGGAGGUGUGGAAUGACUUCAGACAGGCGGCUGAGGCACAUAGACAGGUCCGGCAGCACGUCCGCAGCUUCAUCAAACCUGGUCUGACCAUGAUCGAAAUCUGUGAGCGACUGGAGGACUGCUCUAGGAAGUUGAUAAAAGAGAAUGGUCUGAACGCCGGCCUGGCUUUUCCUACCGGCUGCUCUUUGAACAACUGUGCGGCCCACUACACCCCCAACGCCGGAGACCCGACCGUGCUUCAGUACGACGACGUCUGCAAGAUCGACUUCGGCACGCACAUUAACGGGCGGAUCAUUGACUGUGCCUUCACCGUCACCUUCAACCCAAAGUAUGAUAAGCUGCUGGAGGCUGUGCGAGAUGCUACCAAUACUGGAAUCAAGUGCGCCGGAAUUGACGUGCGUCUGUGUGACGUUGGAGAGAAAAUUCAGGAAGUGAUGGAGUCGUACGAGGUGGAACUUGACGGGAAAACCUACCAAGUAAAGCCAAUUCGAAACCUGAAUGGCCACUCUAUCGGCCAGUACAGGAUACAUGCUGGGAAGACUGUCCCAAUCGUAAAGGGAGGAGAAGCUACCAGGAUGGAGGAGGGGGAGGUAUACGCCAUUGAGACGUUUGGCAGUACAGGGAAGGGUGUGGUUCAUGACGAUAUGGAGUGUUCUCAUUACAUGAAGAUUGAUGUGGGACACGUCCCAAUCAGACUCCCCCGGGCGAAGCACCUGUUGAACGUGAUCAACGAGAACUUUGGCACGCUGGCGUUCUGCCGGCGCUGGCUGGACCGGCUGGGGGAAACCAAAUACCUGAUGGCCCUGAAGAACCUGUGUGACUUGGGCAUUGUGGACCCCUACCCCCCACUCUGUGACACCAAGGGCUGCUACACUGCCCAGUUUGAGCACACUAUCCUACUCAGGCCCACCUGCAAGGAGGUGGUGAGCCGAGGAGACGACUAUUGAAUACUGAACCCCCCCCCCCCCCCCCCCCCCC